AUGCCUGUCAAUAAAAAUCCCCUUCGUAGCCUCUCGACUACAAUACCUCAAGUAUUUCAAGACUGCCAAAAGUCAACUACUAACCACCGUAAAAAUGUAGUUACCUUACAUAAAAUACAAGAACAGUGUUCUGCAGCUGAUUCUGUUCAAAUAUACGGAAACGGCGAAGGUUCCUCACGUAGUGCUGCCACAUCAAGUGCUGUAAAAACUAAGCGCGUUUCUUUGACAAAAGAAAAUGGCGAGCAUGCAUUCAAUCAAGAAUUUGUACGAAAUUUGAAUAAAUUAUUAGCCUUUAAAAAGAAAGACCCGUGCACUGAAAGAGUUAUAAAAUUCGUUGGGUCGUUUGUGCAAUUUAUAUUGGAAAAAGCAAUCGAAGCUGCAAAGGAUAAUAACGAAUCAGAGCAAGAUCAAGAGCCUGAUAUAAGUGAUACAAUAUCUUCGAGAUUUGUUGGAUUCAUACUUGGACAUAUUAUAAAAGGCAUCGAUGCAAAAGACAAGAAUCUAAGACUUCGCGUUUGUCAAUUAAUUGUUCUUUUCGGCCCAAAAGCCAUCAAUGUGAUUAGUAAAGAUUUAUUUGAAAAACUAAAAAAGAAGUUAACUGAGCGCGUACGCGAUAAAGAAUUAACAAUACGUGCACAGGCAGUAAUUGCAUUAUCUAAAUUUCAGAGUGAAAACGAACAAAAUGCGACAGAUAAAAUGCUCAGUGCAUUGCAAUAUGACCCAAGCCCUGAAGUACGACGUGCCGCCUUGUUUCAUAUAAAUUACAAUGAAAGAACUAUACCAUUGGUCUUGGAACGUGCGCGAGAUAUUGAUCAGGUUAUUCGCAAGAAUGUAUUCGCAAAAGUUAUGGAAAACAUUGGAGAUUUUCGUACUUUGAAAAUAGAAGACCGCGAGAAACUUUUGCAUUGGGGCCUUACCGAUAGAGAUCCUGCUGUUAAACAAGCUUGCAUUAAAAUGCUUUCAACAAUUUGGAUCGAACAGGCGAAUAAUAACGUGCUGGAGUUUCUGGAAAGAUUAGAUGUUGUCAGUAGCAAUAUUGCCAAAGAAGCUCUAUUGGCGUUUUUUGCUGCACGUCAAGAUUUAACAGAGUCCUUGCAAUUCGAUGAUUCAUUUUGGAAUGAUUUAACUGUUGAGAAGGCAUUUCUUGUGCGGAUUUUCAGUGAAUUUUGUAAAGAGGAUAAUGGAAGGUUUGAUGAAAUAAUGCCUGAAGUGACGCGACUCGCUUUUUACAUACAAAAAUACAAUAAUUGCAUUAACGAUUCUUCGGAGGAAGAUCAAGUCAAUUAUGAAUUUAUCGUAGGGCAGUUAUUGACUAUCGCAGGGAUAUUAGACUAUAGCGAUGAAGUUGGAAGACGAAAAAUGUUUACUUUAUUACGUGAGAUGUUGAUGCUACCUCAAAUUUCUGAUGAUCAUAUUGAACUAAUAAUGGAAGUUAUGAAAAAGACAACUAUUAAUGAAAAAGACUUCACACGAUCAAUGAUCGAGAUUAUUUCGGAUCUUCGUGAAAAUUAUGAUUAUGAUGAGAUAUCCCAUCGAAAAGCAGCUCAGGAUGAGCUUACUGUCAACAUGUCACACGUUAGUAUUAAUCCAUCCACAAUCAAAAGCUUGAGAUCUCCUGUUCGUGAUAGUUCUCGAGGAAGGUCUGCAUCUCCUGUUUUUUCGGACGAUGACGACGAGGAGGAAGAUCCAUCGAAAGCAGUGAUAAUAGAUUUGAAGUGUCUUCAAAUAGUGCGGUGUAUGCUUGAAAUAAAUUCGGAGAGCUUGCGUGAUAAUCCCUCUGUAUAUGGUUUAUUAAAUGAUCUUGUUGCACCAAGUGUACAAUCCCAUGAGCCAAUAAUCCGUGAAAUGGGUGUUCAGUGUCUAGGCUUAAGUUGCUUGCUUGAUCAAACAUUAGCUCGAGAAAACUUGCUGUUGUUCAUACAUUGUGUCAAACACGGACAUGAAUCACUAAAGGCCAAGUCAUUGAUGGUUAUUUUCGAUCUUUUGAUGACAUUCGGCUAUGCUAGUAUUACUACAAAUAUGGGACAUUCUGAGCAAAUUCAACAUUUGAUUAAUUCGUCUUUGAAUGAUGAAAGUCCAGAAGUUCAGGCUAUUGCAGUUGAAGGUGUAGCCAAACUAAUGUUAUCUAAAAUUUUACGAGAUAAGGAGAUCUUGCAAGAAUUAGUCGUGUUAUACUUUAAUAGUGAAACUGUUGAAAAUCUUCGUCUAAGACAGUGUUUAAGUUACUUUUUACCAGUAUAUUGUCAUUCUUCUCAUGAGAACCAAAAAAUUUUUGUCCCUGCGUUUAUGGAACUGAAUCGAAUUCACAUGAACAAGAGUAAAAGUCAAGAAAUGACACCACCCAUACAAAUAGCCCAGCAAUUGAUCGAUUGGACAGAUCCUAAUCAAGUCGUAAAAUCCGAAAUUAUUCAAGAAGAAAUUGAUUAUGGUCUCCAGGCUGAUAUUGCAAUUGACAUAUUGAAAGAAUUAUUCUUGGAACAAAAUAGGGAUACACGUAAAUUAUUAUGUCAGAUACUCAUUAAAAUUCAUGUCGAUGAGAAUGCUAGUAUCUUGCGAUUAAAAAAGCUUGCGUUUCUCACUGGCAAUUUAAAACAGCGAAGACCUUUGAAAGACGCAACAGCUAAAAACGCAGUCAACAAAUUUGAGAAUUUGCUACUCCGAUAUUUUGAUGACUCGCCAGAAACGUUAGAUGAUGAUGAAAUUGCGCAAUCGAGUAAGGCAACUGCAUUGGCGAAUCUACAUAAAGAAAUAGACGAUAUUCUUGAUGACGAAGAUUCUUCAGAAGAAUCAAUAUGA